CAUAGCUGACAAUCCACACAUAUCACCAUUAUGAGUCGCAGAAACAGAAGCUUCUCGGUGAAUUCCGCUUCCAAGCAGCAACAGGUGCUCAUGAACCGUUCUCUUGACGACUUGGAGACGGUGUUGGCGACGGCGAAACGCGACUGGAAGCAGCUCAACACAAGUGCCCGCAACCCGUUGGAGCUCGCACUUCCGCUCUUGGACGACUCGUCCGUUGGGCUCGCGCACCGCUACGACGAAUUCCAGCAGCUCGGGCGCAAAGUGGAUGCGACGUUGCGGACGGCUGUCAAACAGCACUACGAUGAGUUCAGCAACAGCAUCGGGUCGUACGGGAUGCUCGUGAAAACGAUUUCUGAGUCGCAAGACGAAACAACAGAGGUCCGGCAGAUGUUGGCAGAAUCGUCACAUGAGCUCAACGACCGCAAGGACAUGCUCAGCGACUUGAACCAGUCGUCGAAGCGGUACACCGACAUGCUUGUGAUUUUGGAGGCGAUCGAGGAGCUACAGGCGUGUUCGGAGCGCCUAGAUCUGGCCAUUGCCGAAAAGCGCUUCUUCCAGGCGCAUUCCGUGCUCGCGAAAGCGUUCUCUGUGGCCGAAGCACACGGCCUCUGGAGCCUCACCGCGCUUUCGGGAACCAGGCAGCAUCUCGAGAGCCAGGAAAACAACUUGUUUGACGUCAUCAUGGAAGAGCUCCACAGCGUGCUCUACUUGAAAAAUGCUACGGAUGUGCUGCGGUUGGUGCACACCAUGGACCCAUCGCUUGACCCCGCAGCGUGCACGUUCGACCACAUGGACGUGGCCGAUAAGGCCAUGGCGCUUAAUACCAAGUUGACAAAGUUCUUAGGUCAGACAUUUACCAAUGAGCUGCAAGGAGACGACCUUGGCCUCUCAGCCGAUUUCUCAACCGACAUGUUAGCUUACAUCCGCUCGCUCUUGGCGGUCACGAAGCGAAUGAACCGCUUAGACCAGGCGUUGCCAGUGUUAAUAGCCAGACACCCCGCAGAGUACCACCAGAUGGUGUUGGGGGUGACGAAGGAGGUGCGGCUCGAGUACGCCAGCCAGUUGAAGACGCUUGCAGGGCUCAGCGCGGAGGCACUGGAUGUGGUGGGCGAGAUGAGCGCUGACGUGGUGCAAAGUCUCUUUGCCCGGGUAUUUGUCAAAACCUUGGUUAUGCUCCAGGGGCACAGGGUGGUACAUGAGACAGUUGCAGCGUUGGCGAGCGCGGGCGAGCGCAAAGAGAUGGACUAUUCGUUUAACUCUGUCUGGGAGCCCACCCGGAACGAGCUCGGCUCGUUGAUUGUUGCAUACAUCAGCGACGACGCGGAUGUUCGCGGGAAGCGCAGCUCGCACAAGAAGACGUUAUUUCAGUACGCCAACAUCUCCUAUGCGACCGACAGCCCACACUCGCGCGACUUGCAGAGCUCGUUGCAGAGCCUAUUUCCGGGCCUUGCGGUCACGGGGGCAUCCUCGUUGUACCUUGAGAAUGAGGCCUUUAUUCACCAGGACACGUUGGUUCCAGGGAGCGUAUUGCACAUGCGUGCGAUCUUGGACAAGUUUUUGGUAUUUUGCACGGCUUCUGAGUUUGUGUUUCCGGUUCCUACCGUGGACCCGGCGCUUUUGUUUUCCCCGACAAAAGAGACCCCACCAAUGGGCUUCUUCGCUGACAUUAUGGAGAGCAACUUUGCCCCGCAGUUGGAACAGUAUGUUAUGCUCCGUUAUACAGCCCUAACCGAUGGCUCGGACUCUUUCGACACCGCGGUGUACGAUGCCUCUCAGCCACCGGUCUUCAGGAGUGCGAUCGGCUUCCACAACAUCUUCUUCGAGCUUUGCGAGAUGUUCAACACUUCGGCCGCGUUUCGCCCGCGCUACACCAACAUCGUGCUCAAAUCGCUCCAGAUCUUUACCGAGAAGUACGCGCUCUUCGCCAGCGAGUUGUUACCGGACGAAACAUCCACGAGCCAGAUCAGCCAGUGGAUGCAAAGCGCUGAGCUCCAUGAUGUGUCCUUGGCGUUGGUCCGCGGCGAGGGCUCCGACCACACGCUCCAGCGCGAAAUCAAGCUCAUGCUCGCCGAGGGCAUUGCCAUCUUCAACAUCGGCAGCCACGAGUUGUUCAAGGCUGAAGCCUUCGAUCAGACGGCGCAGCUUCUCCACAGUGUCUCGUGGGUGUUGUCGUGGCUCGCGCGCGUGCGCUGCGCGGUCGAGGAGACGGAGCCGAAGGACGAUUGGAUGUUCUACGAAGCACCGUCGCAGUCGGACAACUCCGCCGUGUCCCUCAAAAAGGACCACAUCUCCAUCAAGCUCAGCGGGGAAGCGCUACAGGUGUUUGACGAGUGUGUUCUACACUUGGGCCUGCUUCUUGACAAGGCGUUGCUUACGUUGAGGUACGAUUUGGGCUGCAAGGCGAUCUACGGGAUGGGCCGGUUGUUCAACCGCCAGGACUGGGCGCCAUCGGGCGAGUCCAAGGAGUGCGACGAGGCUAUCGUGACAUUCAAUAAGGAUAUUCUCACGUGCAACAACAAGCUCCGCCACGCGCUCGACCCAGCUCAGAAACGGGGCGUGUUGCUCGGCUUGCCCGAGUUGAUCGACCAGCUUCUCAUCCUCGGGUCCGAUGUCAUCAAGCUUUUGAACGAAAACGGGGUGAAGAAGAUGUUCCUUGACAUUUCCGUGUUGCGCCAGAUGUUGCGCACCGUCACUGACAACCCCGAAGACGUGAAGUUCACCCUUUCCUUGGCAUACUACGAUUUGUUCAACUCGGCUGAGCGAGGGAUUAUCCAGAAGGUGAAGGAUGGUGAGAGCUUCUUCAACUUCAAGCAGAACCGCAAUAUGCUCAGACUCGUGUUCAGCGAGAGCGUUCAGAGCCAGAACAAUUUCAUCAGCGGGAGGAACAGCAUCUACAGUUCUGGCACCAGCCCGUCGAUGAAAAUGUACCACGAAGCGGUGAGCAAGUUACAGGAGGCCUUCGGUGAGCACUUGGAGAGAUAAGCAAAGGGUAUGCGGUUUUCCGUGAAAAAUGUGUAAUGGAUGAACGACGUUAAUGGUAGAGAUAAUAAUCCUUGGGUUUAAAAAGAAAAAAAAAAGUCAUAAUAGUCCUAGCUGAAAUUUGUAAUUUCCGGUAAUCGC